AGACGACCAUCGUGAAAACUAUGCACCGACAUACGCCUGGCGUGCCUAAGUCGAUCGGCAGCUCAACUCCGAACAAUGCUGUAUAUAUCCUCGAUGCCGAGAUGCGCCCUGUUCCACGCGGUAUGCCUGGCAUAAUGUGGGCAGGCGGACGCGGCGUGUGCAUGGGUUAUCUCAAUCGCCCAGAUCUUACAAGGGAUAAGUUUCUUCGCGAUCCUUUUUUCAUGCAGGGGGGAAUGAUGUACAACACAGGAGACAUCGGCAAGCUCCAGAAAGGGGGUCAAUUAAUCCACCUCGGACGAGUUGACGACCAGGUGAAAAUCAAGGGGUUUCGCGUAGAGCUGGAUGGCGUGACUGCCGCCGUUCGUGCAUGUCCAGGCAUCGAAUCUGCUCGCGCACUGCUGAUAGGACAAGACCUUUGGGCGUUCUAUAGCCCUAUAUGUGUUCCCACCGAAGAGAUACGCACGACUGUAGCUGCCUUACAGCCGUAUUACGCUGUGCCGUGCAAAUAUCAUGCGCUGUCUGUGAUGCCGCUCACCACCAAUGGAAAAGUCGACAAGCUACGUCUCAGAAGCUUGGUAACGACACAGCCUUCAAAGCCGUAGCUGGAUGGAAGCUGUAUACUGUGCCAAAUGGCACUAUGCCAGAGGUCGUAAUCUCAUAGAUAUCACACUUAUGAGUGUCUAUGGAUAUUGAAUGGAAGCGACACAGUCC